CUUUUUAUGGCUCAUUUAAAACAUUUGGACCUUUCAAAGGCAUACCCUGAGUAUUUAACAGAUUGCUACAAAAUGCCUUUAACAUGCCAGGACCACAGAAGAACAAGGACAAGUGUGAUGCACUUCCUGGGCCAGUGGGCAGCAGAGAGAUACAUGUAGAUGAGACUUGGGGUGGAGGGGGGGCAGUAUAGUUUCCUGCAGACCUGGAAUCACCCAUCACCUGAUUGGCUCUAUGACCUUAGAGGCAGGUGGCUUACCCUGAGUGAGCACAGGGACAUGACGUUUUUUAAACUUAUUUAUUUACAAAAUGCUAAAUUGUGCCACAGCCUUGAACCAUUCCAAGGAUUUUAUAAAAUUUAACCAGUUUACUGUUUAUUGUUUUAAGUGUUUCAUCAGUUUUAACCUACAUAAUCUUGAGUAUUCCUGUUUUAUACUGAGGCACAGAGAAGGUGGAUCAUAUGCCCACAGCCACACAGUAAGAAGAUGAAAAGAAUGUGUACAAAAUGCUUGUCACAGGCCUUGCUCCCUAGUAAGAGCCAGACGCCGGCUAUUAUUUUUGGAAUUAUGCUAUCACAGGGACAUAGGCGCCGCUGUGGGUGUUUAGAGGAAGGAAGGUGAGAGCCUGUUGAAAACUUUCCUGGUUUGAAACGUAAAUCCCAUUUUAUUCUGAAGAUUUCACGUGUGUUUAUCUUUUGAGAGUUUGUGAUGCCUUUUCUUUGCAGUCCCUCCAUUCGAUCUUCCUAGCUGCUCCAUGAGGUCCUCUCCAAGGCUCAGGGGGUGAGGCCAUUCCCAAGGUCAUAGAACCAGUAUUCUAGUCACCACCCUGCUCUACUCUGCACACACCCCUUUGUGCCUAAUACACACUUGCAAGCUAAAGCUUCUUACUCUAGACCUGGGGCACAGAUGGCCCUUCUGCCAUGCCACUUGCAUGGCUCCAUUACACACUGCUGGAUCCCUCACAUUUUUAACUUGGUCAGAGGGAUGUUCUUCCUCACCUUUUUUGACAUUUACUAGAAGUUCCUCCCCAGGGGCAGAGUGGGUUCCGUGGUUUGGGUGCCUAAAAUGAAGGCACUGCUGGUUGCUUCUCUGUAGUCAACACCAAAAACACUAAACACCAUCUGGGAAGGGGGUCAGGAGACCUGGGGGAGUCCUGUGCUCCAAGCUCUCCUUUCUUCCACGGAUUGGCUCUGGGGAUGGGGAGUAGGGUGUGGUGUUGGGCACUGUCCCCCACAGAUGGCAGAUCCCAAGGGCUCUGGAUCACGGAGGCUGUGACUGGAGGCUAGGAAUGUAUUUGGGUAGAAUGUGAGUGAAUGGGUCCUUUGAGCCACCCUCUGGGGCCCAAACCCAAUUUCCCAGAGCUCUUGAGUGGACAUCUGUCCUGGCUUACUCCUGUUGAAGAAGGGCCAUUGACCAGGGUAGCCUUGUGACCAUCAUUGGUCUUGGGCACAGCACUCUGUACUUCUGGGUUAGGGUAUGCAACAUGAAGGCAAUGCCUUGCUCACACAGCUUUUCUGAAUCUCGCUGCAAUUCUCUGAGAAUUAUCUGCCCCAUUUUUAAGAUUAGGUGGAUACCCAAGGUCAUGUAGCCAGUGAGGGCUCUGGAAGGCCAAAAUAGCUCUUACAUUCCUGGAGACCACGCUGUCCUAUUGCCUCACCAGGGGAGGGGAGAGAUGUUCCUGUUGUGGGACUGCUGGGAAAAUGGGCAGGACUUAAUGCUGUCAGAGUGGUGGUCAUUUUAGACUUAGGCAAAGAAGACAUUGGGAAUUAUAGACAUUAGGAAUUUCACUUUCAACUCUACCAGCUGCUUGAAUUGUCAUGUAUCCCAGAGGAAGCCACCUAUGAUUAUACCCGUUUCAUUUUUUUUAAAUUAAAUAUUGUAUUAGGGAAUAUAUAUAAAGGUUAUAUUAGGUUACAUUAGGGUAUAUACUUAAAUGGAAAUAUAUGGCAUACUCGAUAGCAGUUCUCAUAUGUAAUAAUUCACAAUUAAAGGCAAAGUACAAUAUGGCUUAAGCAACGUGUUUAAGGGUACACAUACUAGUAUAUAAGAUUUUUAGUUUAUUUUUUUUAAUACAAGUAAAAUGUACCGUUUAAAAAAAUUUUUUUAAUGUUUAUUUUUGAGAGUGAGAAAGACAGCAAGCAGGGGAGGGGCAGAGAGGGCAACACAGAACCUGAAGCAGGCUCCAGGCUCCUAGCUGUUAGCACAGAGCCCGAUGUGGGGCUCAACCCACAAACCAUGAGAUCAUGACCUGAGCUGAAGUCGGACAUUCAACUGACUGAGCCAUCCAGGCACCCCUAAAAUGUACUAUCUUGAAAUUAACGUUAUUAACUCUAGUUUGGGAAUUUGCUCUCAACUAUUCUAUAUUGUUAUAUUUGUUAAAAAGUAAGUGAAUAAUUAUAGAUAACUCCUGAGCCAUAUAAUCCAUGAAGCAAGACAGGAGUACUCCUAUUCCUUGUAUCGUUACAGAGCAGGUACUACUGUUGCCUUUAACUGAGUCCAGUCAGUGUUAUCCCUGAGAUAUGGUGAUUAGAUUAGGGUUAGGUGCAUAUCCUAGUGUGAACAUGAUACAUGAAGGAAUGCCUCCACCUCACUAUUGAGCAGAAGCUACCAGAAGAUUCUGUUGUAUUGAUGUGUGGAGGAAGGAUGUGAGCCUGGAGCUGCUGCCAUGAGGGGCUCUAGCUUCAGAUGAAGGUAACCACAGGAAGGAGGACGAAAAGAAAAGGGAAAAGAGGAAAAUGAGGCUGCUCUCCCUUGUCAAUUUCUGGAUCAAACUGCUCCUGAAGCUCAUUUGCCUAUGAAUUUCUUUUAAGUUAUAGGACCCACUAAAUGCAGUUUGGGGGUAAGCCCAUUUGGACCGCUGCCACUUGGACCAAAAGAAUCUUAACUGUUAUUCUCAGUGUAGGGAUAAGGAAGUUUUAUAGUUUGCCUACUCUUCAUUGGCUUCUGGGCGCUUAAAACUGUCUACGUUUUAAACCUCAGCUCCAUUCUCAUUACAAAUCCAGGCUAUGACAUCUGGACAUCGGCUCAUGGCCAAUGCUGCCAGAUUUUCUAAGCUCAUGCAAGUUUCUCAUUCCAGGAUCCAGGAGAUGGGACUUCCCUGGGGCCUGUGUAAGCUCCUAGAGCAAAACUUGCAGGAAUGACCCCAGUAGAUGAUGAGACUCUAGGUUAUCCAUACAUUCCUGUAGCCCUGGCUAAGCAUCUAAUCCUCAAAAGAACACCUACAGCUGCCAGUCUACCUGGAUGUCUCAUGCCAUUGCCAAAGGCCUCUUAGUAUUUCAGGGAGCCACAUGACUCUGCAGGGCAUUCCUGUGGAUCAUUCAUUCAUUCACUCUUGCUUUGUUACUUCAGUCUGAUCACCCCAAUCUCUGAGCCUGCUUCUCCUUCGUGAGCUUUGCAACUUGCUGCCCUGCUUCCUGCCCACUUUUCCUAGAUCCCCACAGAGAAGCUUCCUUAUUUCCAUCUACUCACCCCCACCAGCACCCUUUCCCCUAGCAUUCUUCCUACCUUACCCUGCUUUAUUUUCUUCACACACAUGUUCUUCCUCUACUGCAAUAUAAACUUGUUCCUGGUCUUCAUCUCUCUUGCUCACUAAAUAUCAGAUAAAGAGUUCUGGAAUUUGAAGUAAAGAAAUGUAACAAUUGAGUGUCUACUAUGUGCUGGAGGCUUCAGAAACAGUUCAUGGAGUUUACCAUGUCUUUUUUUUUUUUUUUUUUUUUUUUUUUAAGUAAGCUCUACAUCCAAUGUGGAGUUUGAAAUCAUGACCCUGAGAUGAAGAGUUGCAUGCUCUACUGACUGAGCCAGCCAGAUGCCCCAUCACCAAGUAAUUAUUGACAUUUUUCAGAAGAGGAAGCUGAGGUUCUGAGAAGUGAAGUGAUUUUGCAUAAGAAACGCCCAGUUAUUGAGGGGCACAGCCAUGAAAUGAAGUCUCCCAAGCCAUGUUCCAUUGGUUAGAUUAGGUAAACACCCCUGCUACAGCCACAGGCCGUGGUGGGAAAUAUUCAAGACAAUAAUGGAUUUGCAAAGUGCUUUGCAAACUACAAACAUCAGCACUCCUGGCUUCCAUCUACUGAGUACCUCCAUGUGUCAGAUGCUUAGCACAUAUUAUCACACCAAAGUCUCAGAACAACUGCCCCAAGGAGGUAUAUUUUCUAGUAUUUCCACUUUGCAGAUGAGGAAAUGGGCUCAGAGAGAAGUGGUUUGUCUAAGGUACACAGUGACAGCUGAGAUUUGAAUUCUGGGUGGUCUUGUGUAAGAAAAUUAAAAGCUGGGGCCUCAAGGCCUUAACUUGAGAAACACUCUUCCAAAGAUGGACACCCAGCUGCUUCUAAUAUCCCUCAACCCCACUGCAAAUACCUCUGAGCUAAACAUCACUGUGCCUAUGCCCUUACAGAGCUGAACAUAUUUGGAAUAUGAUCAUCCUAAGACCAGAAUUAUGAAGUCAAAGGGUUGUCAAUACUUUGCCCAACUUCAGGUCUCACAUAUGCUCUCCGUGUGUGGCUCCUCUCUCCCUUCCCUGGGAUAGGCCCACAUCCCCAUGUAAGGCCCACUCUGCCCCUCCUAGGAGCUGGGAGUAAGAGCCCACAACUGUCUAGAGCCAUUGGAGAGGAGGAAUGUCCUCCUAGACUUGAGAGUUUUAAGACCAAAAUAGCCUGCGCCCAGUCCCAUGUCUGCUGUUGCCCUGUUUAUGGAAAACCAGAAGCCUAUGGAAUGUGAAGAUUGCACAGUGAAGUCUUCAAGAAUGUCUGGGCCAUGUGGCAUCAAGGAAACACCCGGUGAAAUCACUCAAGUCUUAAGACCCUCUUCUUGGGACCAUGCCAUGGGCCCCUUAGCCUGCCCCAGGCUCUGCAGCUCAGGCCUGGCUCUCACAGUGCUUUCUUUUUUCUGGGUCUGUCUGCCUCACAGAUCUAUGGGGAAUAUCAGAUGACAACGUGGUUGUAACUUGUAAACUAUAAAGUACUGGGCUUAACUGAGGAGCUAUUAUAGCGACUCUAAGUGUUGACAAUCCUGGGGUGAGAAGUAGGCUUCUGGGAGCUAAGUCUAUAUAGAUACAAUUGGUCCAUGCCUCCCCAUAAACUGUUGGUAAGAGCUAUUUUCAAAUCCUGCCUCUGCCACAGCUAUUGCUGGGACUUUAGGGAGCUGAUUUAACUUCCCUGAACCUCAGUUUUGUUUUUUUUUUUUAACUGUAAAAAUGGGACAAAAUUGUAUCUACCUCAUUGCACGAAGGUUCCAAGAGAUGGUGUGACCAAUUUGGAGAACAGUUUGCCAGUUCCUCCCUCAGAAGAUUAACAGGUUACCAUAUAACCUAGCAAUUCCCACUCCUAGGUAUUUACCCAAGAAAAACAAAAAUGUAUGUCCAUACAAAAGCUUGUACCUGACCAUCGCUGGCAAAUGGAUAAACAAAUGUAGUAUUGCAUUUGGUGCAAUAUUAUUCAGGCACAGAAAGGAAUGAAGUACUGAUAACAUGCUACAACAUGGAUGAACCUUGAAAACAUGCUGAAUGAAAGAAGCCAGACACAAAGGCCACGUUGUAUGAUUCCAUUUCUAUGAAAUGUCCAGAAAGGGCAAAUCUUUAGAAACAGAAAGCAGAUUUGUGGUUGCCAGAGACUAGGGGAGGAAGGAUGGUGAGUGACUGCUAAUGGAUAGGAAUUUGGGGGGUGAUGAAAAUGUUCUAAAAUUAGGUUGUGGUGAUAGUUGCACAACUCCACAAAUAUGCUUAAAACGAUUGAACUAUACACUUUAAACUGGUGAUUUUUAUGGUAGGUUAGUUAUGUCUCAAUAAAGCUGCUGAGAAAAAGAUUACAAGAGGAAGGUAGAACUUGGGGCAAUGAGUGUCUCAAUAAACGUUGGUCAUUACUCUUAUUAACUGGAUCUCCCAAGGGCUCAUUUAAAGCCCUAGAGGCAGUGAGCAGGGGUUGCUGAACUUCUAGCUCAGCCUGUGUCUUUAAGACGUUGAGUGUCCCUGGGCGAAUCCCUGGACCCUUCCUAGGUCUCCUCAGAGGUCCUCAUAAACGGUUGAAACCAUCCCUACCUACAUCCCUGGGGUCUCGCGAGGAGCCAGGGGCUCAGCAGGCAAUGCAGAAUCCCCAGCGCACUCCCUCAGCCUGUGACUGAGCGGCGCUUGCAGGUGACUGGCGGCCGGGAGCCAACCGAGAAAGGCCCGGGGAGCUUUUUCAGGUAAGCUCUCUUGAUUGACAGCCUGGGGGGGGAGGGCUCCCAGUGACGGCUGCCCCGCCCCCUCACGUCUGGUCGGUUGGCGCCAGUCUAGGGCAGGUGGGCGGGCCCUGGGGUCCGCUGCGCCCAUUGGGCGUGGGGGGAAGCUCCCGGGAGGGCCUAGGGCCCCGCCCCUGGCCUUGCGGCGGCCAAUGGACGCGGCGCGUGGGCGGGGCGUCGGCGGCGUCGGCGGCGGCCCUGAGGCUGAGGCGGCUGAGGUGGCUGAGGUGGCCGCUGGGGCUGAGGCGGCGGGCGCGGCCAGGAUGGCGAAGAGCCGCGGAGAGAACGGGCCGCGCGCGCCCGCGGCCGAAGGAAGUCUGUCCGGGACCCGGGAGAGCCUGGCCCCGGGCCCCGACGCCGCAGCCGCGGACGAGCUCAGCUCUCUCGGCUCCGACUCGGAGGCCAACGGCUUCGCCGAACGCCGCAUCGACAAGUUCGGCUUCAUCGUGGGCUCGCAAGGCGCCGAGGGCGCAGUAGAGGAAGUCCCCCUGGAGGUGCUGAGGCAGAGGGAGUCCAAGUGGCUGGACAUGCUCAACAACUGGGACAAAUGGAUGGCCAAGAAGCACAAAAAGAUCCGUCUGCGGUGCCAGAAGGGCAUCCCACCUUCUCUGCGGGGCCGUGCUUGGCAGUACUUGUCAGGAGGCAAGGUGAAGCUACAGCAGAACCCUGGAAAGUUUGACGAGCUGGACAUGUCCCCUGGGGACCCCAAGUGGCUAGAUGUGAUUGAGCGUGACCUGCACCGGCAGUUCCCUUUCCAUGAGAUGUUUGUGUCCCGGGGAGGCCAUGGCCAGCAGGACCUAUUCCGUGUGCUGAAGGCCUACACCCUAUACCGACCUGAGGAGGGAUACUGCCAGGCCCAGGCGCCCAUUGCUGCUGUUCUGCUCAUGCACAUGCCUGCUGAGCAAGCCUUCUGGUGCCUGGUGCAGAUCUGUGAGAAGUACCUGCCUGGCUACUACAGUGAGAAACUGGAGGCGAUCCAACUGGAUGGGGAGAUCCUCUUCUCACUGCUGCAGAAGGUGUCACCCGUGGCCCACAAGCACCUCAGCAGGCAGAAGAUCGACCCACUGCUGUACAUGACAGAGUGGUUCAUGUGUGCCUUUGCCCGCACCCUGCCCUGGAGCUCUGUGUUGCGCGUCUGGGAUAUGUUCUUUUGCGAAGGAGUCAAGAUCAUCUUCCGUGUGGGACUGGUGCUGCUGAAACAUGCAUUGGGCUCCCCUGAAAAGCUCAAAGCCUGCCAGGGCCAGUAUGAGACUAUCGAGCAGCUGCGGAGCCUUAGCCCCAAAAUCAUGCAGGAGGCCUUCCUGGUCCAGGAGGUGGUAGAGUUGCCAGUGACAGAGCGCCAGAUUGAACGUGAGCACCUCAUUCAGCUGCGGCGCUGGCAAGAGACCCGGGGUGAGCUGCAGUGCUGCUCCCCGCCCAGGCUGCAUGGUGCCAAGGCCAUCCUGGAGGCGGAGCCAGGCCCCCGGCCCACACUGCAACCCUCACCAUCCAUCCGCCUGCCCCCGGAUGCCCCCCUUCCUGGCUCCAAAGGCAAGCCCAAGCCACCCAAACAGAGCCAGAAGGAGAAGGAGCAGUGGAAGCAGGCAAAGGCAAGUGGGCAGCUGGACAAGCCCCCAGUCCCAAGUCAAGCCAAGGUGGCAGCUGCUGCAGGAGAUGCAUGUCCCCCACAGGAUGUACCCCCAAAGGAUCCAGCCCACCAGGACUCAGCCCCGCAGGACUCAGCUCCCCAGGAUUCAGCCCACCACCACUCCCAGGAUUCAGGCCACCACCAUUCCCAGGAGAGCCUGACGUCCCAGGAGAGUGAGGACACCUACUUGUAACCCUGGCAGCUCAGGCCUGUGGCGUGGGGUCUCCACAUACCUACACGGUUCAUGAACUGACAUUCAAGGGCCAGCCCACGCACUGAGGGCCCAGCUGCCUGGCCACUGGGUGGCAGAGAGUCUGGCUGGCCCAGCACAGAUUCUGCCUGAGCCUCCUUAUUUAUUUUCUCCAGAGUGGAGCUUGGGCCAGCCCAGCUGGGACAGGCAGAAGUGAGGACCCAUGGGUGGUGCCUCACUCAGCCCCCUCCUCCUGGGGGGAUGCUCCCCAGGGCUAGGGUGCUGUUGUGAGGAGAGAGGGUGGGGUAAAGGGUGGGGUGCUCUUUGUGUAAAAUAGAAAAAUGAUUUUGUACAGAAAUAAACAGGCUUGUGUAGAG